AUACAUAUCCUUGUGUUCAAUCAUCUCGCUCACUUGCGAUCAAACAUGUCAUACCAUGUACGCUGUGCCUUCGACACUGCGACUGUUCCAGCCGUACAAUUAUAUUAAGAUGAAAAAGAGAAGCCUGCUGUCGAAUGACUUGCAAAACAGAAAAGAAAAGAAUGCUUCAUAAACUGACCCUUAGCUUUAGGCUUUGUUUACCCACAAGCUUUGUUUACGUCGUACCAACCCUAAUAACACGCAUAACGUAUACACUGAGACAAAACAUACUUUGCUUCGGCGCGAAAUCGUUUUUUGAAACGCACCUAAAGCAUUGCGCCGACCCGGCUUCGCUUAGUUUGUAUUCGAAUUCUCAGAAGUUUUAUUUUCUCGUCGAAGAAGGAGCCACAAAGAGCUAUCGUACGAAAGAGAAAUUCAGAAAUAUCGUUGUUUUGCCGAGGUAGGUCUCAGACAGGCCUCCCUAGAAUAUUUAGAAAGAAAUACCAUUAUUUACCAGAAGCCUUGUACUUCUCUUGUUUUGAAAACAUAUUGAAACUCUCCGGCCAAAUGAAAAUCAUUAUACGGAGCUGUCGUGUUUUAAGUAUAGCAAGCAUCAUUUCUCUUUGAAGAAGUACCGAAGUACCAUGAAUGAAUUCCAGUUUAUAUACAAAUGGCCCAUUUUAAUGUUUAGAAAUUGUCAGGUUUGAACUGUUGAUGUAUUUGGGAAUAGUUGCAACAAAAAUCAUUCUUGGCAAAACAAAAACAACUUAAAGCUGCCACUGAUACAUGUUUGCGUCAAACUUUCAACUGGUCGAUCGACUCCAAUGCCGCAGAUCGAGUCACGGCAAUCAGCUGAAUGAUAAAAAAGAAAAGUUGCUGAAAUGUUUUUAUACUUUCUGCGAUUUGCCAUCUAAAUGCUACUGCAAAUGACCACAAACUCCAUCUUUUUUUGUUGAUUUACAAGAAAAGCUUAUGUCUUGUUCUUCAUUAUAGUGUAUAAAUAUUAGUUGAAGGCGUUAGGAAGCACCUCAGAUAAAACAAAAAAGAUUUCAGUUUUGAAACAAGUCUGAUCAGCUUUUGAAAGUUCAUUCUUAUUAUGUUGAAAGCAUCAAGAAGCAUGUUAUUCCGCGGAAAUAUUUUAUUUAGUGACACCGUAAGGGAAAGAUUGUUAACAAGUGCAGUGAAAUUUCUGUAGGUAAUUGUUAACGGUAGUACCUCAGAUACCUUGUAGCAGAGCGCUGAGUAAUGCAACAUAUACAAGGGUUUUUUUAUUCGGGUCAUUUGCUAUGAGUGCGACUAUUUUGAGGUAUAUAAUUCUUUAAAAAUCCUUGUGGAUGUUGGCGGCAGCAUAAAAGAGAUUUGUAGACGUCUUUUAUCGAACUGCAAGAAUCUUGUUAUACUUUUCGAAACGCAAGCCAGGUGGAUUUUGACGGUGAGAGAUUGCUUAACAUUAAAAUGAAUAAAUAAUUCUUACAAAUUCUAAUCCUGUCAGAACAUUGAGGCAUUAGAUAUCUUUAUUAUCGCAACGUCAAAACAUUACGCUUGCUUGGCCAUAGAAACUUCAAUUAAUUUACUCAAGCUACCUCAACAUACAAUUGUCAUGCAAAUGAACUUGUUUUGUCGGAAGGACAUAACAGGAAACUACAACAGAAUUUCCUAGAAUCUUCAAUGAUACUUUGAAAGAGUCUGUUUAUUUAUAACUACGUGUAGGUGUUACAAGGAGUCAGAACUCUAAGUUUUUAUAUCUAUAGUUAGUAGGAUUUGAACGCGGAACAAGAUAAGAAGAACUUCCGGAGUGAACGGGAAGCUUAAUUGAACGUUUUCCCCGUACUAGGAGGAAAGCACCUAAAUUUCGCGGCUACAUUCUCGACUUUCAAGAUUAUAACCAGGUGAAGGAGGAACAGGGAGCUAUUUUUGGCGAAUCUGGCAUGCUCAUGGGUCGGUUCAAUUCUGGGGUAGAGUUUAACACGAUUUGACGUAUUGCUGAACACGACCAGGUGAUCGUAUUGUGAACUUGGCUUGAAGAAAGAAGGCGAUGAUGAAAAAAUCGACUAAAGCCGCAACCUCAACGGCCUUCACUAGAAGAAGGCUGUCUAGGCGUUCUAUAGGAGAAGAGUUUGGGCAGCAUGAGCCUCUCACGACUCGACUUAAGCGGCUUCUGGAUGACUACACAGAUGGAUUUUCAGUUCUGAAAGAGCUUGUUCAAAAUGCAGAUGAUGCUGGUGCCACUGAAAUCAGAUUUCUAUAUGAUGAAAGAACGAACGAAGAUGCCAUGAACUAUCUAUUUGACGAAGGAAUGAGAGACUGCCAGGGCCGUGCACUGUGGGUUUACAACAACGCUGCAUUCAGAGAUGAGGAUUUUGUGAACAUAGAAAAAUUGAGCGGCGCGACAAAAGAGCACGACACUGAAAAGAUUGGAAAGUUCGGACUUGGUUUCAAUGCAGUCUACAAUUUGACAGAUGUACCUAUGUUUUUAAGCAGGAACUAUUUUGUGGUUUUUGACCCUCACAUGUCGCACCUCGGGGAAUUCAUCGAAAAGAACUUCGCUCGGCCAGGCAUUAAGAUUGAUCUCAAGAAAGAUGCCGACGGACUUCGGGAGUAUAGGGAUCAGUUCAAACCAUUCAAUGGCAUAUUUGGCUGCGAGUUUCAUCUGAACGGGGAAGUCAACUCAUUUGAUGGAACACUUUUUCGGUUUCCACUGAGAACAAGAGAGCAAGCGAUACGAAGUGAGAUUAAGCAGUUGUUUUACGACGACAACGAAAUGCAGAAACUGUUGCAAAUGUUUCUUCAAGGAGCAAAAAAUUUGCUUAUUUUUACACAGAAUAUACUCCGCGUUGGCAUCUACCAUUUGUCACAGUUUUCACCUCAAAAUCUACGGCCUUCAUUGUUGUUUGAGGUUACCAAAUCAGCUUCGAAAACAGGGAUACAGAGGCCAUUUUCUUACGAUGUCACGCUACCAGCCACAGCAAAGAAGCUCAGUGGGGAAGAACAGAACUUCCUUAAACAAUGCAACUUCCUUCAAGUAGCAUCGAAAAUUACGAGACGCGCAAGAGAUGACGAUGUCGACCCAAGGCAGUUUGCAAAAUCGACGCUGACGGUGGACAUUAAUUGCAAUUUCACAAAAAGCGGUCUGGAUUAUUUCAAUGUUGACUCGUGUUUUGAACAGGAGCAGGUAAAAUGGCUUAUUGUGUCGUCAAUGGGCAGUGGCCAGGCAAUGCAGUUUGUUCAGAAGCAUGAUGACCCAAGUCUGGUUCCAUCAGCAGGAGUAGCGGUUCAGUUGUUAGCA